CUCGCAACAGCCGAGCAACGCCAGUCGUUGAUUCCGCCACGAUUUUGGGGAUGGCAGUGGCACGCUUGGAAGAUGAAGAACAUGCGCUAUUUCGUAUGCCUACAGCCGACAGUGUAGCAGGAGCAUAUGGCUCGCCUGAACGAGCCGCCUACCGUCGCGACUGCUGGCAAUACCACUUCACCCCAGCCGGGGCCGGAGAGUGUUGAUGCACUGAAGAGGCGCUUUAUUCGACAGAACCGCGAACUUGCCAAGAAUAACUCCGGCCAGAGUUUGCGCAUACGAAGUCUGGAGCUGGAGGUUGGUCGGUUACUGGCGGACAAUCUCGAGCUCAGGGAGCAAGUUCUGAAGCUGCAGAAUGAGGUUCAGGUCGCGCGUAAAGGUGCGGUCGAUAGGAAUGCAGUUACAAGGAUCAAAAAUGAGCUGCAAGCGAAGCUGGCGGAGCUGAGCGGACUCGUGGGAGGUAUGGACGCUCUCGCACCAGGCGUCGACGAUAUAACAAAGGCUGGCCCGCGGGAAAAGAGGCAUUUGGAAGGUCAAUGGCGAGAACGACAGCCUCUAUCGGAGAUCAUGCGUGAGAGUCAGAUGCCGACGAUUACUGAAGACAAGCUGUAUCCGCGACGGACGCUCGGCGCAGACGAAAUUAAGAACAUACGGUUGUCGGAUCAUAGUUCCGCUGGGUCGCCAGAUCUCGGACCCCCGCCAAUCUCACACUUUGAGAUCGAAGAGCCAGUCAAGCAGGUUUCUCCGACCGCAAGCAAGUCGUCCCCGAGGGUUUCCGAAAAUGAGGAGCUGCCAGCGAGCUUGACUGUCAACUUGGAGACGCGCCGUAGGCGAAAGGAUGGGCAGCCGAGACUCGAGAUCAGACGCCAUUCUAUCUUGCCGCAGUCACCAUCUAAGCAGGAUGGAGAGCCAUCGACCAUCCUCCGAACAGGCGCGAAGAGAAAGCUGGCCGACCGCGAGAUUGAUAAGUCUAUCAAGCCGCCUGCUGUGGAUGAGUUCACCUUCAGCCGCAAGACCACUAUGCACCCAACGGUGGCUGCGGUCACUGGUCACGAUCGGGGAGCAGACGGCCAAGCGAACAUGGAAGCAGGCCAAACACAACCAACGGCGACGCCACCCAAAGCGGUGCGCAAAGUACUGGGAGAAAAAAGUGCCAACAUGUCACCCAGAAAGGCUCAGCGGGCCUCGGGAAAGCCUGUCAAGGGGUGGCCGGAGCCGUCAAGCAAGAAGACCGACUUCUUACCUUCUGCGCCAACCGCCCGUUCGCGAGCGCGGUCCGGGCGGGUUUCUGUCGUGUCGCAAGCGCCAACACUGCAGGACGACUUGCAAACGACAGAGAUCAUACCAGCAGAUGCACCACCAGCGCGAGACGAGACCUCAGAGACUCCCUCGGUUCCGCCCGACCUCUUCUCACCUACGCCCUCCGAGCCUUCCGCGCUACAUUUUGGUGACAGCAGCCGCAUUGGUACGCCUCCCCCAGGCGAUAUGAGCGCGCUCUCACAAGCGACAGACGGCGGUAAUCGACCGUCUCGCAGAGCACGCGCUUCUGUCAACUACGCCGAACCGAGCCUCAUUGCGAAGAUGCGGCGGCCCACAAAGCAAAUGGUGGAUGCAAUCAGCGGGCUUCAAGAUCCACGUCGUGCUAUGAGCGCGUCGUCGGAUCCGGAUCCUAGGGCUGGUUUGGACGGUAGACCUGGUUCCGGCCAAGCGCCACGGACGGUACGGAUCAAGAGAGAAUCGGUCGAUGAUGAUGGCCACGAGGUGGAGAGCGCUUGGAAGGACUUACCUUACGUAGAAGAUGUCGCGUUCUGCCACCCGUUGCAAAGAUUGCGGCAGGAUGGCGGAGAGGCGAACGACCCUGACCAAGUCACGCAGUCCGCAGAGCAACAAUCUGGGAGCCUUCCACGCACGUCGGCAUCACGCAUUAUAGCCACGCUCAUGGACACCAAUGGCGAGAAUCAAUGGCGCCAGAUUGCGCCUAUGGACCCAGACACGGACGGCAUAGAAGCAGCGCUCACGAAAUUGGAGGAUGUGGACAUUUAUGACUUCAAGGAGACAUCAUCCGUCGCAGCUGCUUCGUCGCCUGCAGAACCAGGCGAUAAGCACUCCAAACCAGCGAGCCAGACACGGCCAAGAACGACCUCGCAUAGAAGGCACACUUCAGUCCCAAAAGGCUUGGUAGAGGAGACGCCGAUUGUGGAAAGCAGGGCGAUCACUCUAGCGGCAGCGUCCGGUGCAGGAAGAUCAGAGCGAGCUGCAAGCAGGAGGCGGAGUAUGAUGUUGUAGGAGCGUUUGAGCGCUGUUUUAUGUAGCCUUGGGAACCCAUUAGACAUUCGUGCACUUGAGCCACAAAGCAAUUGACGUCGCAAAAGCUCCUUAGAACAGUUGUUUGGUCAUUGGCAGAUGUCUGUCUCUACAUCUUUCCGUAGCUAGUAUAGCCGCUUCGAGCGCUCUGUCUGCGCCAUGCGGAAGAGUCCACCAUAUGCUAUGCAAGGUAUAUCC